AUCGAGCAAAAUUAUUUAAUUAUACCUAUACUGAUACAUAAUCUCAUGCCUUCCAAGAUUCAAAAACACUACCUGCGUUGCUGCAUUUCUUGAUGUCAUUCACCAUCAAUUCCCAACAGAAAUCCUUCAAAUCUCUCCAUCUCCCGCUCAAGAACUUCAUCUUCAAUCCCACAUUUUCCCGCCUCCUCUCUAGCAGCACCAGCUGCAGCACUCGCAGUCGCAAUUCAAUCGCCGCCGAAUCUUUCUUCACGUCCCUCAUCGCAAAAUCAACCCGAAAGAUUCAUCUCUCCCAAAUCCAAAACCAGUUAACCCUCCACGGAUUUCAUAACAACAGUUUCCUAAUAACGAAAUUCAUCGCCCGAAGCUUCGAGCUCAAAGAAAUCGACCACGCUCGCCAACUGUUCGACGAAAUUCCCGACCGAAAUGUCUUCCUUUGGAACGCAGUCAUCAAAGGUUAUUCAAUGCAAAAAAUGUUCGACAAAGUUAUUGAAAUGUAUUCAGCAAUGCAGAGUGCUUCUGUGGCUCCGGACGCCUUCACGUUUCCUCACGUGCUCAAAGCUUGUGGAGAAUUACCUGCAUUGGGCUACGGCCGGGCUCUUCAUUCGCAGAUUCUCAGGCAUGGAUUCGGCAACGACGUUUUCUUGCAAAACGGGCUUCUCUCGCUCUACGUGAAGUGUGAGGAGAGCGCGAGUGCCCGCUUGAUUCUUGAUUUGUUGAAGUGCAAGGAUGUGGUUUCAUGGACUUUGAUCAUCUCAGCUUAUGUCCAGAAAGGGCUGCCUACGGAGGCUUUGAGGAUCUUCAAGAACAUGAGAGAAUCGAGCGUGCAGCCGGAUUGGAUCGCCUCGAUUAGUGCCUUGAAGGCGUAUUCUGAUAUUGGGGAUUUGGAUCAAGGGAGGUGUCUCCACAGUUUGGUGAUUAGAAUGGGGUAUGAUCUGGAGCCUGACCUUCGCGUCGCGCUCACCUCCUUAUACGCGAAGUGUGGUGAGGCUACGGCUGCAAGAUUGCUCCUUGAUGAGGCGAAAUCCGAGGAUGUGAUGCUUUGGAACUCCAUCAUCUCUGGUUUGGCCAAAAGUGGCCAUGCUGCCGAGGCUUUGGAGCUUUUUAGUGAGAUGCUAUGUCGAGAUAUUCGACCGGAUGCUGUGACGAUACAGUCCUCUGUCGUGGCCUGUUCGCAGCUGGGGUCGCUCGAGAAGGCUAAGAUGAUGGAGAGCUACGUGAGCGACAGUAGAUAUAGCCACGACGUGGUGAUCAGGACGGCUUUGAUUGAUAUGUACGCCAAGUGCGGGAGCGUGGAGAUGGCUCGGAGGGUGUUCGACACCACUGCAGAGAAGGAUGUGGUGGUGUGGAGCGCGAUGAUCACGAGCUACGCCCUGCACGGGUGGGGGAGGCACGCGCUGGCCCUGUUCCACGAGAUGGUGGAGGCAGGGGAAUGCCCUAAUGAGGUGACGUUCCUCGGCCUCAUCACGGCCUGCAGCCGCUCGGGGCUCGUGGAGGAGGGGUGGGAGGUGUUCCGGAGCAUGAGGGAGGGCUACGGGGUCGAGCCGGGGCAGAGGCACUACGCGGGCGUGGUGGAUAUGCUGGGGAGAGCAGGGGAUUUGGGGAGGGCGUGGAGGUUCAUCGAGGGCAUGGAUGUUGAGCCGGGCGCCUCGGUGUGGGGGGCUCUGCUGAGCGCGUGCGAGGUGCAUCGCGAUGUGGGGUUAGGGGAGCGUGCUGCGGAGAGGCUCCUGGCGCUGGACGCGCUGGACACGGGGCGCUGCGUGGUGCUGUCGAACCUCUACGCGUCUGCUGGCCGAUGGGAUGGGGUGGCGAGGGUGAGGGAGGUGAUGAGGUCGAGGGGGGCGUGCAAGGAUUCGGGGUGUAGCGUAGUCGAGGUCAAUGGCGGCGGGCGAGGCUCGUCUGAGCUUGGAGGAGACGUGCGGGAGGGUCGACUGGCCGGAGGCAGGAUCAAUGGAGAAGAGAGGGAGAUGGUUGCCCUUGUGCAACCAUUGUGAGUGGAGAAGGAAGAAUGUGUGAUGGUUGAUGGAGAUGUUAUGAACAAGGGUGUGUAGCAUAUUUGAAGUGGAAACCAUUUAUGUGAAGAAGACUUUAGAAUGUUUGGCUGAGCUUAUAAGUUCUAUCAAAUAAUUUAUAAGUUCAUUUAAAGUGUUUAGCAAAAUAAGUUUUUAAAGAGGUUAUAAGUUGUAAAAAUAAACUUUAACAGUUUAUAUAAGCUCUUCAAAAACACGUUUGUCUAUCCCAAUUAUUUCUCUAA